AUGACUGGACCAUCAACCUCAUAUCCUCCAAAUCGCAAGACUUCAUGGACCUUAGACAACAGAGAACUUAUGUUGCGACACUUGAUCCCCGAAACGCAGCAACACUUUGCCCUCCUGUCUUCCCUGGCGUACAUGGCUUGCUCAACCCUUGACGCAUUGCGCAACCAUGGUCAAAGUGUGACGGCGCUGACAGUGAAGGGGAAGGUCGUGCAGGCCAUGAAUCACAGGUUCAGCGACUCCAGAGCAAAAGUCGAUAUUGUCGACUUCGCGACCGUUACCUCUUUAGCAAGCACGGUGGCCGUCUACGAGGGCGGAUUCGGACCAGAGUACUUGAUGCACCGAAAAGGGGUAGAGACCAUGGCGGUAAUCAUGGCGAAGCAGGCAAAUCCCGCCCGACAAAGCUCUCCUGUGGAAUUGUCGAUCAACAGAACCAUCGCUCUGCACCGUCAUAUGGCCCCCGUGGCCACCGACCUCCAAGUGCCUCCCCCCGAUUAUCCCGACCCGGACUUCGGUUAUGGCGACGAGUGUUUUCGCGUUGGCGGUGAUUCUCGUGGAGGGAACACGAAACUGAUUUUGGAGUCGCCCUUGUACUGCCCUGAGCCUGGUUUUCGUUACGUACAACGCUCGAAAUACUGCGAUGCGCGGCUGCUGCGACUUCUUUGCGAUCUGCGCGACUACCUGGACCUCCUCGAGAUCGAGCGCGACAUCGAGUCUCGGGUGGAGAAAGAAGCGUUUUGUUUCGCUCACCGCCUUGCACUACGCAGUCGACUGCUCGCUCAUGAAUCAAUCCAUUCACCAUCGACGUCGACAAGGGCGGCGGUGGGAAGAAGAAUCAUGCGCGAAAACGACUACGUCUACGAAUGUGUCAGACUGUGUGGAUUAGUCAUAGUCCAUCUCUCUGACACCUGUCUCCCUUGUCGCGCCGCCUUUCCAGUUAUUCCACCGAACCCUCCUGACGCCGCGAGCGCGACAACGCUCCCGAAUCUUUCACACUCAACAGAAGCACCACCCCCGUUUACAACGCCUCCACUAACUCGUUCCUCGGCAUCCACGAGACCAGACAUAAGCGUCCUCCCGCUCAUCGACUCUCCCGCCCCGUCGCACAUACUUCCCGCCCUGGCGUACAAUAUCCGCAAAGGCCCCAACGCGCUCGCCGGCUGGGACCUCGCCAUGAGAGGUGUCCUAUAUUUCGUCACAAACGUCGCGGGAGCCAUAUCGGUAGGCCACCCCGAAGCCCUGCUAAUCAUCUCUCUGGGCUCCAAGGGCGUCUUCGACAUGACCACGUCCAGCAACGAGCGAACCUGGGACGAAGCGUACCUUCCCUUGAAAACUUUCGCUGAGUUUCGGAAGUUGUGUUUGAAUGAGCGCAUUGUGAAGCUGACCACGAUGGAAGAUUACGACGCUUGA